AAAGAAAAAAAAGAGUAAAAGUAAAAAGUUAUAACCAAAUAUUUUGGCACCGUUACAAACUCGGAAUCCUGUUAAACCUAAACCUUUUCACCAACCAACACAUUACCAAUUUACCAUCUACGACUAUCACUAUCAGUCGAUCUCUAGGAGGUGGGGCUUUUCCGGGCCGUUGGAUUCUCAAAUUGCUUCGAAGUUCACGCGUGGCAACCUGACGACAACACGUUAUUAGUCAGAGAUAAAGCGAAACUGCAGUCUUCGUCAUCUACAUAGCUGCUAAAAAGCAUAGAACUACUUUUUUUUUUUGUUUUUUUGGUCCUAAAAAAGUACAGAACUUAACCAGACCGAUAUUUUAGUAUAACCGCGUAACAAUAAAUAGAGCGUGAUGAAUAGACGAAAUAGCUGGGAAGCAACCCGAAGGAAUCCAACGGGCUGCCCCACCCGUGAACAAGAUGGUACUUGUUUGGAUAGAGCCACGAAGGACUCUUUUGUCUCCAUUUCUCUGCCUUUUAAAAUUAACUUCCAUGCAACAGUGUUGGUCCAAGCCACAAUGCAUAGUACCAUACUGUUUCAAACUGAGCACUUUCCAGUUCAUAGCUAGGAAACCACCAUUAGUGCUAGGAGAAUUCCAGAGUUUUAGCUGAAAAGCAGAAGAUGAAGAACCAGAUUUGUUCAUGGGAUGAAGACGACUACGAUUCAUCCAAAUUGGCUUCUUAUUGCUGGUGGAGAUCAGCUGCUAGAUUCGAUGAAUGUGCCAAGUUCAAAUUCGACCCCCCGAAUAUUUCGGGACUCACUCCGAGGCUCAGAGUACUACGAGAAUUGGAGAGACUGGCUUUGGUUGCUCAUGAAGGUCUUAACGAGCUUCGGCAGAAACUGUUCAUGUAUACCUGUGGUGAUUUCUGGAUGCCAACGGGAGGUAUCAGCAAAGAAAAAAUGGAUAUACCUCCCGUUAUCACUAUACUCUUGGUGGGUUUUUCUGGUUCUGGUAAAAGCUCGCUUGUCAACCUCAUGUACUGUGUUCUUGGCCGAUCUGGACUCGUACCCUUCACUCAAACAUCGUCUGGAGGUGGUUCUUCUUCCAAUUACACGACUAUGUUUUUGGAAGAGCACAAUGUGGUGAGGUCAAUGCGAAGUGGGUUUUGUGUAUAUGACUCCAGAGGAUUUGAUUACAAGAGAGUGGUUGAGGGUCUCGAGGAGUUGUCAAAUUGGAUGAACGAAGGGGUUCACCAUAACCAGCUGUGCUUAAGACCAAGCGAUGAUUUGUUAGUUGAAGAUGACAUAAGCAUUCUUAUGUCAAGGUCCUCUUCAAAGUUCAUGAGGAGGAAAGUAAAUUGUCCUAUGGUGGUGGUUAACAUGAUGGAGAUCUAUAAAGCAUUCAAAGCUGGUGAUUCCAAGCCAUUGGAGGCCACUAAGAAGCUGUACUGCUCUCCUGCUUUUAGAAAAUGCGCUGAGAACCCCAUCUUGAUCUUGACUCAUGGCGACAUGUUAUCGACCGAGGAGAGGAUCGAAGGCCGGUUGAAAAUAUGUGAAUAUUUAGGUAUAUCAGAGACUUCUGGAGUCUAUGACAUAGUGUGCCUCACAGAAUAUGGAUUUCUCGCUGAAGAAUCAGACCCAGUUUCAGCCUAUGCCCUGGCUGAAGCUGUAUACAGAUCAUUGCUCAUAUCAGACAGGAGCCAUCUACCAAAAAGAAACUUCCUAGACUGGACAUUGCUUAUAUUAUCAUGGCUCAUGUAUUUCUUCGGUGUUUUCUUUGCUUUCCUUGCUGAGAUAUGUUCCAAACUAGGGCAAAGGGAUAAUAAACUGAAGCUGUGAAUGAGGAAAGUAAAAAUUUCUAGUGAUAGAACGUGUGGUAUACAUGGGAGGACCUUUUAGAUUAGGUGACUAAUUAUUUACAAUGUACUAACUAAUGUGCUUAAAGCGAGAUUUUAAUUCAUUUUGGAAUCUAAUUUUGGCUAAAUCUUAACCCCCAUUUGUCAUUUGUGUAUUCCCUUGUGUUCUGUAGCUAAUGAUACAAAAUACUCUGGUUUAAUUUGUAUUUUGAUAUAACAAAGAAGAUGUUAUUUCUAUCUUUAA